UACCCAUAGUUUUACCAACAACGUUUUGAAACGUUCUGCACACAUUUUUCAAAACAACCAAAAUUAAGUUAAAAAUCGUGUGAUGAACUUGUACAGAAUGUUCUCAGCUUCAAUUUCAAGCACUUUUUCAGUACAAAGCGCUUCCAGGAUCACAAUCACGUCGAAUUCCAAACUGUAGCCGCAAACCGAAAAAAGUGAGGUUAGAUUCGUGUGUGUUUUUUAAAAAUGUACAUGAGCCAAGAAGAUCUGCACGCCAAAAUCAACGAUAUCGACCAAGUGUAUCAGAACUUCUCCGAUUUGAAGAACAGUAACCUUAGAUUACAACGCAAGUACCAUCGCAGCCUGCUGUCGUUGAAGGCAACAAGAGAGGAAUGCGCUGCUUUACGUGGCAGCGUGGUCCCCAGCGGACAGUACGAAUCCGUGUGUAAGGAACGAGACGAGUUGCGGGUACAAUUGUCGACCACCAAAGAUGAGUACAACACGUUUAUUAAUGAGUCGCUUAUACGUUAUCAAACUUCCUGCAAGGACAAGGACAGUUUAAACAGUAAAUACAACGACUUGGUAACACAAUGUGACGAGUUGAGGAACGAGAAUAAGGUGAUGUCCGAGUUGAUUUCGAGCAGCGAACAGUUGGACACGCUACAGACUGAACUGAAUGAAAUGCGUAAUCACAGUGAACGUUUGCAGCAAACCGUCGACGAGUACUUGGGUUUUAAAUCGAAGUACGCCGAGAUGCAAGCUAAAAAUGUUGACGUUACAAAAGAGCGUGAUUAUCUAAGUCGCAAGGUGGAACUGUUGGAAGCCGCGCAACAACAGGCGGUUGUGUCACAUCGUAGCGAGUACGUGACGCUCAAGGGGGAGCACGACGACUUGCUCAGGAAAUUUUUGAGUCUCGAGCUUCAGUUGACUAGCGUAAGCAGGGAGCGCGAUAGUUUACGGGUCGAGGUGAACGAUCUUCGUAAACACUCUGGUAGUCCCCUACACAAUUUGCUGUUGGAGCUUAGAGGGGUUGUACAGAAGUAUGAAGUAAGCGGCGGGUCGCCAAAGUAUAACUGUGAUAUUGAUAGUGUAACGGAGACUUGUACAGUUACUCACUCCCCUCUCUCUGAAAGGGGAGGAGUUAAAAGCGCAGUAUUCGAUAAGAGUAAGUACAGAUCGGAGGAUGCAGAUGAAUCUGAAUCGGAGCUGUUUAAAAUAAUUAUGGAGUCGACGAGGCGUUUCAAUUUAGUGUCUCCAAUACCGUCUCCCAUGCCUGAGUUGGCUCCCUGCUUUGGAACUGAAGUAGAGGGGAGCACCGAUCAGGAAGAAAUUGGAUUGGCUAGUGAUAAAUUAAAAUUAAAUGGACAAAGUCUAGUGCUACCGCCUAGUGAUAUUGAAAACGAAAUAGAAUCAAUUGUAAGUGUGACUGCACACUUGGAAAGUCCCCCUAAUGCCGAAGGAAUUGCUGAAAUCGUCUCCAAAGUUUCAGAAACGAUCAGCCAUUCUGAUGCUAUCAACAGUCUCAAUGACGCUAAAUCGUCCAAUCCUGCUGACAUGGUGGCAGAUUCCAAAGCUGAAUCGUGUCAGAAGAUGGAAGAUCAUUCAAAUUCCGAGUUUUCGGAUGUUAAACCGGAUUUUUCCGGCGAUAAACUCAAUUAUGAAGAAAUCUGCUCUGAAACGGUUUUAAACUCAAGUUUCGAGGAGGAUCUGAAGACUGAAGUUCCUACUUUAAGUACAAAUGAGGUAAUUAAGUUAGCCAAAUCCGAGCAAUUUAAAGAAGAAGUGCUACCAGCCUCGACAGUGAGUGUCGAAGAAUGCCUCAACGCCGAGGACCUUCGGAGCAUUGUCGAUGAUGGCGUUUGCGCGGAUUCCGAACAAAUGAUUACGCUUUACUCGGAAAAUCAGGUAACCGAGGACCGUGGACGCAUUGUCGAUGGUGUCAUUUGCACGGAAAUCAAUGCGGAUUCUGAACUUGACUCGGAAAAUCCGGUAACCGAGGACCAUGGAAGCAUUGUCGAUGGUGUCAUUUGCACGGAAAUCAAUGCGGAUUCCGAACUUGACUCGAAAAAUCCGGUAACCAAGGACCGUGGAAGCAUUGUCGAUGGUGUCAUUUGCACAGAAAUCAAUUUGGAUUCUGAACUUGACUCGGAAAAUCCGGUAACCGAGGACCAUGGAAGCAUUGUCGAUGGUGUCAAUUGCACGGAAAUCAAUGGGGAUUUUGAACUUGACUCGGAAAAUCCGGUAACCGAGGACCAUGGGAGCAUGGUCGAUGGUGUCAUUUGCACGGAAAUCAAUACGGAUUCCGAACUUCCCUCGGAAAAUCAGGUAACCGCCGACUUGUCUACCGAAAUAAUGAAUGAUAGCCUAGAACAAGCUGAUAGUCCUAAACCGGUCAAGACCGAAAUCCCUCCAACGAGUACGACCGACUGUGAUACAAAUAAAAUAAUCGACGAAACGCGAUCCGACUUAUCCUCCGAGCUGUCCCAAGACACACUAUGCGAGAGCAGAGACAGCGCCUUUUGCUCGCAUAACACCUCAUCGGACGAAGAGUGGAUUAACGCCCUCGUAGACGUAAAUUCGAGUAAAAUUUUCGCGCCGAAAUUGCCGGCGGCGAAACGUAAAAGGCGAACGUCCAAAACGCCGCGCAAGAAGAAGAACGUGGACGAGUUCACGCUGGGAUUCGACGACGAUAAGAUCGUCACUUUGGUUCGGCAGCAGAAACGGGUCGCCGCGCCCAGGAAAAGCGAGCAGCUGCUGAAGAAGUGCGCCGACAUUAACAGAUCGGUGACGCGCUCGUACGCCACAAGAAGAAAGAGACAGAACGAGGAGCGGAUCGUCAUAGAGCAACUGCCCUGCGUCGCGUGUAGAGGGCACAGCUUGACCCGAAUGAAUCGGAAGCGUCUCUUCGUGCCCGCCGUGCGCCACGACACGUCGACCGUUGUGGAAGAACCGCCCGUUUUCGCGAAGAAGAGACGGAUCGCCCACACUCCGAAAACCCAUGAGAAACCCUCGGCUGAAACGGGCAAGAUCAAAAUUCUUAGCGUUCACAUCCUACAACCGCCGAAAUCAGUCGCGAUUCCGGAUUCGCCCGCGUCACCCGAACGCGCGGACGUCCGUCCGACAAGAGCGCCUGUAGUUAUCCCAACCGUUCCAGUUAUCGAGAAGCGGAAUUUACCGCCGCCCGCUGCGUCAGAAUGUGAGCAGGUGCUGCUUUCGCCAUCUGCGCCCAGAGUAGCAGUGGACGCGUGUCCAUCGAUCGCUGUUCCAACUCAAACAGUACGAAUACCACUUGAGAGAGCCAGAUUCUUAAUUGAAGACAUGUUGCAGUAUUCAAAUUGUAAUGAGAAGAUCUUUAAAAUAGCCAAGAUGUUUACAUGCGAAUCCGCAAAUAGUAUAGCAAAAUUAAUUUUGGGCCGAAUCGUGUUCGACAUACACGAUACACCGACGAAAGGCAACUAUCCUAGGGAACCUCACCUGACAACCACCCAACGCGGCCUGUACAAGUUCAUGAUGGCGUUAGAAAAAUUGAAAGUAAAGGGUGUGUGUAAGGCGUACUUCAGGCAGGCCGACUCCUACCUGAGGAUCGUUAAGGAUCCAGUCGCUCUGAGUCCCGUCACCAGGUUAUACGUGACCAUCUGCAAGGGACAAUUUAAUUAUAUGCAAAUGCGCAUUGCGAUAUGUUCGGCCAUUGCCGACUUGGGCGAUUUAGCGAUUCCUUACAUUUACACCGUGCUCCAAAUAUGGAUCGAGGUUUUUCCUCGAAAGGGAAUGCCGGCGCACGAUCACGUGCUUAUGAGAGCGAUUGUGCAAGCGAUUUUUUUAAAGGGCGUGCCUUUGCCUGAGUACAAUUCGGCUAAUUUGCGAUACUUACUUUUAAAUUAUUACCAAUUUUCAAGCGACUGUGAUGUUAGGGCGAUAUUCAAGGAGUUGGUUAAGUAUUACAUUGAUGAACGUAAUGAAUGCGCUCGUGUUCUGGCGAUUGCGCUAAUGGAUGACGUCGGCGAACGGUUCAUUAUCGACCAAAUUUUCCCAGAUCUUCAAGCCCAAGGCUCAACGUUAAAUGAUCCAAACCAAAUCUGUGCGGUGAUGACGUUAGUCAUACAUUUUACAAAGCACUCGGAAUUCACCCCCCAAAUUAUCGCAGCGAAUUUGCGGUGGCUGAAACAGUUUGGGACAGAUUCACAAGCAUUGGUCAUUAGAAGUCAUGCCAGCUCUGUACUACAGUGGUAUAUGAACUGUAAAUCGAAACCCUUGCAUCUAUUGGAAACAAUUGGACGGAUAGAUUAGCGCAAAUAUUGUGAUGAUUGUUAUAAUUACUGUAAGAGAUUGGAUGCGAUUACUAAAAAAAUGUAAAAGUGGUCGAAAUUGAAGAAUUUAGUUUGACCCCCAGGAUUAGUACCUGGUCCCUCGUUCGAAGACAAAGUUGAAGUAUACGCCAUCUUAUUUAGUGAAAAGUUUGUGUAACUGUUACUGACAAUUUUGUUGAAUAGAAAAU